GGAACAUGGUAUGCAUGACACUAGAUUCAGAAAAUCUAGUACAAAAGAAAAUGAUAACAAUAUGGGCUUUGAUUUCCAGACUGGAAUUUUUGAGGAUGUUACAGAUGAUGAAGUGGAGAGGAAUGACAUUCCCAUGGAUGUGAACAUUGAUAUGGAAGCUUCUAGAAACCUUCAGCUUGCAGAAAAACACAUGACUAAAGAGUUGAAAGAUGACUACUCUAUUGAUGAUCCAGUUAUUGAUAUUGCCAAGUUGUUUGGUAUCCCAACUAUGUCGGGCGAGUUUUCAGUAUAUGUCAUACCUCACCAUCUAUCUCCUGCCAUUUUUAAGCGAAGGCGUGAGAUUAAAAAGUCUCGUAUCUUGCAGCACCCUUUUACAGAUCCCACCAAGAGAAAGAAACUAAGAAAAGAGAUUGAGAAACCAUUAACUUCAUUUGAUCCUUUGCGUCCAAUCUCUGAAGAAGCAUUAGAGUCCUUUCAAAAGUGGAUGAGUGAUGACCAAGGGUCCACAAUUGACAUUGACUACAUGCAUAUAGAUAAAAAAUGGUUUCAAUCACUGUCUAAUCAUGGUUCAUGGCUUGCUGACACGCACAUUGAUGUUGCCUUCUUCUUUUUUCGGAAGCGGCGAAUAGAAAAUCUUCAUCUUUUUUCCCAAAAGUUUACCACAGUGGAUACUAUGUUUUGGCAAAAUGCUCAAGCAAGAUGGAUUAAGCAUGGCAAGAAGUGGAACCAAUUCAAAUUACCAGAGAAUGACAUCCUUAUUGAUUAUGCCAAUGGUUUGCAGCCUCUUUAUUCUGUCAAAUGGCCUGAUGUUGACAUUGUGUAUGUCCCUAUCAAUGUUCAGGCUAGUCACUGGGUAUUAGGAGUUGUCCACCUUCAUCGAAGGAUUAUAUACGUAUAUGACUCAUUGAUGGGCAUCAAUAAUAAUGCAAGAUUGCAAGUUGCCAUUAAACCAUUAGCCAAAUUGUUGCCGCAUAUAUUGAAUGCAAUAGCAUAUUAUGGUUUUCAUGGUGACACAAAAGUUAACUACCAGGAAUGGGAAAUUGAACGGCUGCAAGAUAUUCCUCAACAGGAAAAUGAUGGUGAUUGUGGCAUGUUUGUUAUCAAAUAUGCUGAAUACUUAAUGCACAACCAUCCAUUGAAGUCAUUAACAAGUGCACGAAUGGACUGGUUUCGGGAAAAGAUGGCAGCAGAGUUAUUUUAUAUGAAAUACUUGCCUAUGUAAUGAAUUCAUGUUGAUAUUUCACAUUUUGAUAAUGUAGUUGGAUGGUUUGUUAUAUGUAAUUGGAUAGCUUCAUAUAUGUAGUUAGACAUUUUGAUAAAUGUAGUUGGACAGGUUGAUAUAUCUACUUGGAUAUUUUGAUGAAUGUUGUUCGAUAGUUAUGUAUACAAUUGACCUUUUAAACUAAA